AUGAUAGGGUGUUUUGAGUAUUGGAAAGCUAAACCCCACAUUCCCUGUAAGGUUUGUGGUAAGCCAACAAGUUCUGAGCCUGGCCUUUAUAGAAAGCAUUCUGGUACCUAUUAUGUGAUCCAAUAUUUUAAUAAGCUUCGGGAUAAAGCUAAUGCAGAUGAUUUAAUUCAGAUGAAAAUUGAUGAAUUACUUCUAGAGCUGUCAGCAAACAAAACUGAAAAAGCAGGAGAGCAAGGUCCACAGAUCAAAGCACUACAGGUAACCAGCACUAUUGCUCCAAUCAUGAGUGAAAAAUCAGAAGAUACUGGAGAUAAAGCUUCGAUUUUCAAGCCUAGUGAUGAGGUUACAAUUCUUCAAUCCAGAAUUAUUACCUCUGGUAACAUUUCUAAAGCUCUGAUUGAUUCAGAUGGUGAGGAUAUGGGUCUUGGCCUCUUUGGAGAUUAG